AUGGCAAACCCUGAUAACUCGGCUUUCUCCUCCGCUACAUCUGGUGCAUCUAGAACCUCUGACAGUCUGACUCAAUCUACCAUGGCGGGCUUCACUUCUGCUCUUCCUACCUCCUUCAAUAUAUCUAAUCUCUUCAACACACCAAUGGAUCGCACAAAUUUUCUUAGUUGGAAGUCACAAUUCGAGGAUGUUCUCAAACUUCAUGAUCUUGGUAUUAUUGUUAAACUUGAAGAUAAACCUGCCAAGAACUUAUCUGAUGGCUCACUCAAUCCUCUAUACGCUAAGGACAAGCUAGUGCUCAGUUGGAUCAAGGCCACAGCAUCUCCCUCAAUAAAGACUCUUCUCAUUCCAUGUUCGACUGCCUUCGAAGCCUGGAUUCUUCUCGAAAAGAGGCUCUCUCCUCUCUCUAAGACUCAUGUAAGAACCCUCAGGGACCAAAUUCGUACCCUCAAAAGGACUCCGGAUCAACAAAUGUCUGAUUAUCUUAUACAUGCUCGGUCACUUUUUGACUCUCUUGCCUCCGCUGGAACACCGAUGACAGACAGCGAACUAAUUGAAUAUAUAUUAGAUGGUAUGGGUCAUGAGUAUAAAGAGUUCACCACUUCCCUUCAUCUUCGUCAAACUCUCACUAUUGAUGAAUUUUUUGAUCUACUCCUUCAAGAGGAACAACUCCAGAAAAGAAUGGAAGCACUUUCAUUAUCAAACGGAGUUGCACUUGCCACAGAUCGGGUAGCCCAUAAUCAUCCACACAGCAGGCCUCAAACCAACAACUCCAAGGGACACGGACGCGGACGCGGACGCGGACGUGGUCGUGGUCAUAACUGGAACAAUGGGCGUGACAACUUUGACCAUCGUGAACAUGGAAGAAACUUUAAUCACGAUCGUGAUGGUGGUUGGCGGAACAACCGUAAUGGUGGCAAUCAAUGGGCGUAA